CUCUCUCUCUUAAAUCCCCAAUUCUCGAUUCUAGGGUUUUGUCGUUCACACUAUCUCUAAAUCCGAAAUGAUCACCACAGUUCUCCGCCGAUCUUGCCUCGAUGCGUCAAGGCGGACACUCUCCGCCGCAUCGCUGCCCUCCAUUAACGCGGCUCUAUUUCAUCACGCCGCCGCCAAAGUCUCCGAUCUAGCUCCAACUGUCAAGCCUAGCUUCUCUCUCCCUCCGAUGCGGAAUCAUUUCUCGAGGGGAUUUCAUUUCCAAUCUGGGCCGUCGGAUUUCAGAUCGACGAUGGUUUCUCCCGCCGGAUUCGCGAUAUCCGAGACUAGCGACAGAGCGGUUACAGAUUCAGAGAGUGAUGGGCUUGCGAUAGCUGAGCUUGGGAUAUCUCCUGAGAUUGUAAAAGCUUUGAGUGCUAAGGGUAUUGAGAAACUCUUCCCUAUUCAGAAAGCUGUGCUUGAGCCAGCGAUGCAAGGCCGUGACAUGAUUGGUCGUGCUAGGACAGGAACUGGAAAGACUCUUGCUUUUGGGAUUCCCAUCAUUGACAAAAUCAUCAAAUUCAACGCUAAACAUGGACGUGGGAGGAAUCCUCUUUGUUUGGUUUUGGCACCGACGAGGGAGCUUGCUCGCCAAGUUGAGAAGGAGUUUAGGGAGUCUGCUCCGAGCUUGGAUACUAUUUGUGUUUAUGGAGGUACACCCAUUGGACAGCAGAUGAGGCAGCUUGACUAUGGUGUUGAUGUCGCAGUCGGUACUCCUGGUCGUAUCAUUGAUCUUAUUAAGCGAGGAGCUUUGAAUCUUUCCGAGGUUCAGUUUGUGGUUCUCGAUGAAGCUGAUCAGAUGCUUCAAGUCGGAUUUGCUGAGGAUGUUGAGAUUAUAUUGGAAAGGUUACCUGAGAAACGUCAGAGCAUGAUGUUUUCUGCAACGAUGCCGAGUUGGAUCAGGUCCCUUACCAAGAAGUAUCUGAAUGAUCCUUUGACAAUUGAUCUGGUUGGAGAUUCUGAUCAGAAGCUUGCAGAUGGUAUUACUACGUAUUCUAUCAUAGCUGAUCUUUAUGGUAGAGCAUCCAUCAUCGGUCCUCUUGUAACGGAGCAUGCUAAAGGAGGAAAAUGCAUUGUUUUUACGCAAACCAAACGGGAUGCUGAUCGCCUUUCAUAUGGCUUGGCAAGAACCUUCAAGUGUGAAGCCUUACACGGUGAUAUAUCUCAGAGUCAGAGGGAAAGAACACUUGCUGGUUUCCGUGAUGGCCAUUUCAAUAUUCUUGUUGCCACUGAUGUUGCUGCUCGUGGACUUGAUGUUCCUAAUGUCGAUUUGGUAAUUCAUUAUGAGCUUCCGAAUAACACGGAGACGUUUGUCCACAGAACGGGACGAACAGGCCGUGCUGGGAAGAAAGGAAGUGCCAUUCUCAUCUACAGUCAAGAUCAAUCCAGGGCUGUGAAAAUAAUUGAGAGAGAAGUUGGGAGCCGAUUCACUGAGCUCCCUAGCAUUGCUGUUGAACGUGGUGGAAGCAUGUUUGAAGGUAUAGGUGGUCGAUCUGGUGAGUCCUUUGGAGGAGGAGGCAUGAGAGAUCGCGGUUCUAGCUUUGGUGGCCGUUCAGGUGGUGGUGGUUAUGGUAGCAGCAGUGGCCGUUCGGAGCGUUCUGGAUUCGGGAGCUUCGGUUCAGACCGUUCCUCUGGUUUCGGGGGCUUUGGUUCAGAUCGUUCUUCUCAGUCAAGCGGAAGAGGCGGCUUUGGUGGUCGUUCAGAUGAUUAUGGUGGCCGUUCAGGCGGAUCUAGCAACCGCUAUUCUGGUGGUUCAGACCGUUCUUCUGGUUUUGGGGGCUUUGGUUCGGAUCGUUCUUCUCAGUCAGGUGGAAGGAGCGGCUUUGGUGGCUUUGGCUCAAACGAUGGUAAAAGGUCUUACUGAGAAUGUUAAGUGUUGGGUAUGUUUUGACCCGACCCGGCAAUAAGUGGUUGUCCUAGGAGGGAUUCGGUUUAUCCGGUAGAGUAGUUUACUAAGGGAUACAAGGAGUCGGGCUAUAUAUAUAAAAUCUGUAGUUAUGUAAUCAAAACAUACUAUUUCUUCUAAGUUUGUCUCUCUUCGGUUUGAUAUAUUUUUUGCUUCUUAAACCAGAAACUAAAUACUUGAGAAGCCGUGUGCUACGAGUUAAUCAACCAAGAAAUAAAUACUUGAAAAGUCUGUUGCGU